GGACGAGGAGCGCGGCGAGAGGCGGGCCGGGCGGAGCGGGCGGGCUGGAGGCUGCGCGGAGCCGCUGCGUGCCGCCGCGGGUGCGGGCCCGCGGGCUGCGGGAGGCGUGAGCCGCUCCCGGUGCGGUGACGGUGAGCGGCGGGAUUGUGACGCGCAGCCGGGGAGGGCACCGGCCUGGACGUGGGCGCAAGCACCCGGGCGGGCUCUGGGCGGGCUCGGCGCGGCCGUUGCAGCGGUUGGAGAGCGUUGCUGCCCGCCGCCUGCAGCGGAAAGUGCGAGGAGAUGCUCACGUAGGAGAGUGACGGGAGCUGUUGUACCCCACAGCACUGAACCGCCUCCUCAGGAACCCUGGCUCUGGAACCUGCUAUGGGAGAUUGGAUGACUGUUACAGAUCCAGUUCUGUGUACAGAAAACAAAAAUCUUUCUCAAUAUACCUCAGAAACAAAGAUGUCUCCGUCAAGUUUAUACUCCCAGCAAGUACUAUGCUCUUCAAUUCCUUUAUCAAAAAACGUGCACGGUGUUUUCAGUGCCUUCUGCACAGGAGAGAACAUUGAACAAAGUAUUUCCUAUCUAGAUCAGGAGCUGACUACCUUCGGUUUUCCUUCCUUAUAUGAAGAAUCCAGAAGUAAAGAGACAAAGAGAGAAUUAAACAUAGUUGCUGUUCUGAACUGUAUGAAUGAACUGCUGGUGCUUCAGCGGAAGAACCUUCUGGCCCAGGAAAGUGUGGAAACACAGAAUCUGAAGCUGGGCAGUGACAUGGACCACCUGCAGAGCUGCUACGCCAAACUUAAGGAACAGUUGGAAACCUCCAGGCGAGAGAUGAUUGGUCUUCAGGAGAGAGACAGGCAGUUACAGUGCAAAAACAGGAAUUUGCAUCAGCUCCUGAAAAAUGAGAAAGAUGAGGUGCAAAAAUUACAAAAUAUCAUAGCCAGUCGGGCUACUCAGUAUAAUCAUGAUGUGAAGAGAAAGGAGCGUGAAUAUAAUAAACUUAAAGAGCGUCUGCACCAGCUUGUUAUGAACAAGAAGGAUAAAAACAUAGCCAUGGAUGUUUUAAAUUAUGUGGGUCGAGCUGAUGGGAAACGAGGCUCAUGGAGGACGGAUAAAACAGAAGCCAGGAAUGAAGAUGAAAUGUACAAGAUCCUGCUGAACGAUUAUGAAUACCGCCAGAAGCAGAUCCUCAUGGAGAACGCGGAGCUGAAGAAGGUCCUCCAGCAGAUGAAGAAGGAGAUGAUCUCUCUCCUUUCUCCUCAAAAGAAGAAACCCAGAGAAAGAGCAGAGGACGGCACAAGCACUGUUGCUGUCUCCGACAUAGAAGAGGAUGCCGGGGACCUGAGCAGGGACAGCGUGUGGGGCCUUUCCUGCGACACUGUGAGAGAGCAGCUUACAAACAGCAUCAGAAAACAGUGGAGAAUUUUGAAAAGUCAUGUAGAAAAACUUGAUAACCAAGCUUCCAAGGCACACUCAGAGGGCCUCAGUGAAGAAGAUGUCAUCUCACGACAAGACCAUGAGCAAGAGACUGAGAAACUGGAGCUGGAGAUCGAGCGGUGCAAAGAGAUGAUCAAGGCUCAGCAGCAGCUCUUACAGCAGCAGCUGGCCACCACCUGUGAUGAUGACACCACCUCACUCUUGCGAGACUGUUACUUGCUGGAAGAAAAGGAACGCCUUAAAGAAGAGUGGUCCCUUUUUAAAGAGCAAAAAAAGAAUUUUGAGAGAGAAAGACGAAGCUUUACAGAAGCUGCUAUUCGCUUGGGGCUGGAGAGGAAGGCGUUUGAAGAGGAGCGAGCCAGCUGGGUAAAGCAGCAGUUUUUAAACAUGACGACCUUUGACCACCAGAACUCAGAAAGUGUGAAACUUUUCAGUGCCUUCUCAGGAAGUUCUGAUCCAGACAAUCUUAUAGUCCACUCGCGGCCACGGCACAAGAAACCUCACGGUGUGGCUAAUGGGGUGCCAGCUUGCACGUCAAAACUGACUAAGUCUCUUCCCGCUUCACCGGCUACUUCAGACUUUUGCCAGACACAUUCAUGUGUGUCUGAACACAGUUCCAUCAGUGUGCUGAAUAUAACUCCUGAAGAAACCAAACCAAAUGAGGUCGGAAGAGAAAGUACGGAGCAGAAGUGGAGCGUGGUGUCGAGGCCCAGUUCACGGGAGGGUUGCCACGGCGGACACUCCUCGGCCUACAGCAGCUCUCACGCGGAGCGAGACGACUUACCUUAGAUGCGCCGGCUGCAGAGCUUUUCCUAGAUGUGGUUAGAGGGACUGACACGGGGUAUAGCAUAAAGUCAGCCGUCUAACUUAAGAUGCUCGGAGUUGUUUGUGUGGGCGCCCUGUCUUCCCCCAAAGAGCUGAAAUGCUAAGCUACUUAAAAGAUUGCAAAAGCUUUGGCUGUGUGUUAGUAACAGAAGCAUCUGGCUCUGUGAAUAAAGGAAUGUAUGGUGUUUGGUUGGAAACAGAUGCACUGGAAUGAUUUCCUCUCCCAGGUACCGAGAAGAGCACUUUUAGGAGUUGGUUACUGUAAACAUUAAAUCUUUGUCCCGAGGAUGGUUGGCAUUGGAAGCUUAGCCUUUACUUGAAUGUAUACUGUAGAUUUUUAACAAAGCAAGUUCUAUAUUUAUUGUGUUGAGUGUGAUUUUGGGAUUACCUCUUUCAUAUGUUUUAUGUCUGUGCAUAUAUACAUGACUAUGUACAGAGGCUUUAAGGGUUAAAACUUCACACCAUGCUUGAGUAUAGUAUCUCAUGCCAAUUAAAAUGUUUCCAGUGGCAUGGUGUUUACAGAUGUGUUAGGACCACUGCCACAUGACAGUUCAGAUUUUAUUUUUAAGCCUUCUGGGCAAUAAAAAUUCAAAGCCACUUCAUAAGCUGAGUUCAGAUAACUAGAAUUACUAACAUUACAUUUUUGAGAUUUUGAAAGCAUUAUACUUUAUUUUAUAUAUGUGAAUGUUAUAAUUUCUAAGAGGAAUAUUGAUUAUGAAGUAAUGGGGGAAAGACAAAAGUAUGUUUGGAUAACAAUAUAGGAGCAUUGGAUUGAAAUAUUUGGGUGAUAAAGGAUAUUUAAGAUAGCUGGAUGUGAUAUUUUCCUUACCAAAUGGGUGCCAGUACAGUAACAUCUGUACCAGCCAGGGCUUUAUAUCAUUGCCAAUAAUUUUGUAAUUAAAAAAUUUUCAACUAGAUUCCACUACUAAAGAAAUACGACAAUGUGAAACGUUGACUUUUAUAAUUAAGACACGAUACUCUGGGCACUCUGUGUCUGUUAGUUUUCAGAACAAUCUUGGGCUCUUUUCUGUCUGCUUCUGCUGCAUGUUUCUUCAUAAGAAGUAUGGUACUGUUGAUAGUGAUGACAAUAACAAUAAGUGUAGACAUAGGCCCAGGCUUCUCCUGGGGGGUUCCCUCCAGCAGCUUUUAAGUGCCUCCCCCUGCUCGUCUCUGCACAUAGACGCCGACACAAGCCCUUGUUUGAUGAUGCAGGUAGUCCUUCAACCUUUUUCUUUCCUUGCCCCUGCUGUGACUGUUGCAUUAAAUUCAUCAUGCUACCAAAAGAGAA